AUGAAUUCAUAUAUUUUGAACAGGGCCCUUGGGUCUAUCUCACCAACUACCUUCCAUGUCGCCCAAACUACGCGCCUGGUUCACCACCUUGAGCCCGCUCCCGGCAUUCGAUUCGCCAGUCGCAAGCCUCAGCAAGCAGGAUAUACACAGGAAGACGGAGAUGCAGGGGAUCCGGGGAACGAGAUACUGGCGCACAAGUCUGGUGUAAAUGUUCUGGCGAUUGACCAAUUCGAGGGACGAUGCAUGGUAUCCGGGGGCGCAGACGCAUCAAUUCGACUAUGGGACUUGGAAAGUCGUGGGUCAGAAUUGGACCACAUCCACACGGCGAGAUCAUCCGUUACCAGGGCCUCACACGAGGGUGCGCACACCCAUGCCAUCACGUCCAUCUCAAUCUAUCCCUUCGAUCCAGUCCCAUCUACUGUGUUGACAACCUCGCAUGACGGCACUCUCAAGCUCUCUGUCCUGGAACCGGAGGCGAUUACACCAGUGCAUACCUUCAACCUGGACUGUACGCCAUACUCGCAUUCCCUCUCGUCGCAUCCGGGAUCGACGCUGCUCAUCGCAGUCGGCACAUCCGAGAAAUCGGUUCGACUACUAGAUCUCCGCACUGGUUUAUCGACACACGGUCUUCCAGGACAUAGUUCGUCGGUAUUAUCUGUCUCAUGGGCACCUCACCAGCCGCAUAUCCUUGCCUCCGCCUCUGCGGAUAAUCGGGUGAUCAUCUUCGAUAUCCGUCGAGGAGGGCAUAACUCUGCCAUUGCGACUCUCGACAUGGACGAUGCAGUGGGUAUGGUCCAUCCACAAUUAGCCCCAUCCUCCUAUCAAAGCCGUCCAGUGUUCUCGCGACAUGCGCGCGCGCAUAACGGUGCGGUGACUGGCGUACGGUGGACAUCCAACGGUUCGCAUCUGGUGACUGCCGGUCAGGACGCACGUAUACGAGUCUGGGAUGCGACGACAGGCGCAAACACACUGGUGCAUUUUGGCCCACGCGUACGCAAUAGCGCAUCCUCGCAUCUAGCCGAGCGAGUUCCCCUGCUCAUGCCACGGGGUCUCAUGGCACCAGGGCAUGAAACACUGCUCUGGCCCAACUUCAGCGAGAAGGACGAUCGUGGGGAAAUCUUCAUGUUUGAGUUACGUGAUGGGUCGUUCAUCAAGCGUCUAAAGGUGCCUGGACUCAUGGCCGGGCGGCAGCAAUUCCAGGGUCGUUCGACUGCCCUGAGUGCCGCGCGGAUCAACGCACUCACCUGGCGAGGUAAUGGAGCAUCUGGUGAAGGUUUGGAGAUGUUCUCAGCGCAUGGGGAUGGGACGAUUCGAUCGUGGGUAUCCAGGGAACCCGAAGGAGAGCCAGGUGAGGCCGAACAGGCGGAACAGGCUGAUCGGAAACGUAAACGAGACGUUCUAGAGGAGAUUUAUCAGGGGUUCAUAAAUAACAAUCCAUAA